CACAGGCGUAACACCCAAGCCGGACGUGGUGUCGCCGGCCGUCGCACAGGUGCAAAUCACCUGAAUCUGCGGGUUGGGAAGUAACGGGGAGUCAGUCACAGUAACUGCAGGCAUAAGAGCAUGCUCCUUUGAAGUGCACCAUUCUGAAGCAGGAAGAUGGAUGGGGGUAAGAAAGUCUGGGUGCCCCAUUCCACUGAUGGCUUCAAACUUGGUCGUAUUGUGGACAUUGGUUCCGAUGUCAUCGCUGUCGAACCAUUUGAUGCUCCAGGCACUACCAUCAAUUCCUUAUAUGAUCGCACGUUUCCAGCAGAAGAGUAUGACAACAAAGACUGUGAUGACAACUGUGCUCUGAUGUACCUAAAUGAAGCAACUCUGCUGAAUAACAUCCGAAUUCGCUACAUGAAAAAUCAGAUAUAUACUUUCACAGCAAACAUCCUCGUUGCCAUCAACCCCUACUUUGAGAUCCCUGAUCUCUAUACCCAAGCCACAAUCAAGAAGUACCAAGGGAAAUCACUGGGUACCCUGCCCCCUCAUGUUUAUGCAAUUGCUGAUAAGGCAUAUCGUGACAUGAAAGUCACCAAGGUCAGCCAGUCAGUCAUUGUCAGUGGAGAGUCUGGUGCUGGCAAGACCGAGUCCACGAAAUACAUCUUGCGGUACUUGACAGAAAACUGGGGCACUCAUGCAGGACCUAUUGAACAGCGCAUUCUGGAGUCAAAUCCUUUGCUGGAAGCCUUUGGAAAUGCCAAGACAGUCAGAAAUAACAAUAGCAGUCGAUUUGGCAAGUUUGUUGAGAUCCACUUUGAUGGCAAGAAUUCUGUGUGUGGUGGUUUUAUAUCCCACUACCUGCUAGAAAAAUCACGCGUUUGCAGUCAGAGCAAAGAUGAGCGCAACUACCACAUCUUUUACCGACUGUGUGCUGGUGCCCCUGAAGAUCUGAGACAGAAACUUAAGUUAGCUCCUCCUGAUCGCUUCCAGUAUUUGAACCGGGGCAACACGCAGUACUUUUGCAAUCGUCAGUCGGAGAAUUCCCUGAAUGAUAAUAGGAAAAGUCAACAGUACCUUAAGCUUGGAUGUCUUCAUGACGCAGUGAUUGAUGAUGUUAGAGACUUCCAAGUGUGCAAUGAAGCAAUGUCUAAGAUGGGUGUAAGUGAUGCAGACAAGUUGGCUAUCUUCAUGCUGGUGGCUGCAGUACUUCACCUGGGCAAUGUUAUGUUUGAGGAGAACCAAGAUGCUAAAGGGGGCUGCAAAGUGACAGCUGGAGCAGAGGAUUCGCUGACCACUGCUGCUGGGCUCCUGGGGGUGGACCGCGAAGAGCUGAGGGAUUCGCUGACCUCCCGUGUCAUGCAAGCUACACGUGGUGGAACCAAAGGGACUGCGAUCAAAGUACCCUUGAAGACGGGUGAGGCUUCAAGUGCUCGUGAUGCACUUGCCAAGGCUGUGUAUUCACGCAUGUUUGACUACAUUGUGGAGUCUGUCAAUCAAGCCAUCCCAUUUGCUUCCUCAAACAAUUACAUUGGAAUCCUGGACAUUGCUGGCUUUGAAUAUUUCCAAGUGAACAGUUUUGAGCAGUUUUGCAUCAACUACUGCAAUGAGAAACUGCAGCAGUUCUUCAAUGAGCGUAUUCUCAAAGAGGAGCAAGCUUUAUAUGAAAAAGAAGGACUAAAUGUCAAACGCAUUGAAUGGACAGACAACCAGGACUGCAUUGAGUUGAUUGAGGCCAAAUCUCAGGGUAUUUUUGACCUGCUUGACGAGGAGAGCAAGUUGCCGACACCCAGACCUGAGCACUUCACAAGUGAAGUACAUUCCCGCAACAAGAACCACUUCAGACUUAGUGUGCCACGCAAGUCCAAGCUCAAGUCUCAUCGUGAUGUCCGUGACGAUGAAGGGUUCCUCAUCAGGCAUUUUGCUGGUGCUGUCUGCUAUCACACUAACCUCUUCAUUGAGAAGAACAACGAUGCACUACAUGCUUCUCUGGAAUUCCUCAUACAAGACAGCAAGAACCCACUUUUGCAGCGUUUAUUUGCUGACAGCAAGGCCAACGCAGGAAAACUUAGCUUUAUUAGUGUGGGCAGCAAAUUUAGAAAGCAGUUGGUUGUGCUGAUGGAAAAACUGAAGUCAACUGGUACAAGUUUUAUCCGGUGCAUCAAGCCCAAUGUCAAGAUGGUUGACCACCUGUUUGAGGGAGCCAACAUUUUGAGCCAGCUGCAGUGUGCAGGUAUGGUGUCAGUGCUGGACCUCAUGCAGCAAGGUUUUCCAUCACGCACACAGUUCUCAGAGCUGUAUACCAUGUACAAGAAGUAUAUGCCUGCAGACAUUGCUCGCCUGGAUCCUCGUCUCUUCUGCAAGGCUUUGUUCAAAGCCCUAGGUCUGGAUGACAAAGACUUCAAGUUUGGUUUGACCAAGGUGUUCUUCCGACCUGGCAAAUUUGCAGAGUUUGACCAGAUCAUGAAAAGUGACCCUGAGAACCUGGCCAUGCUGGUCAAGAAGGUGAAGAAGUGGCUGCUGUGCUCACGCUGGAAGAAAGCGCAGUGGUGUGCCCUUUCUGUCAUUAAGUUAAAGAACAAGAUCAGAUACCGUGCUGAGCAGUUUGUCAUGAUCCAGAAGUCGGUUCGAAUGUGGCUCUGUGUCCGCAGAUUUAGGCCAAAGUAUGAAACAAUCCAGAAGGUGAAAUCCCUGCAGACACAGCUGGCCUUAAUGAGCCAGAUUGUGGGUCAGCUCAAAAAGGACAAGGAGCAGGCCACUCAGAAGGUCCGGGAACUGGAAGCCUCACUGGAAGCUUACAUCAAGAAGAUAAGGACAACAAAUAUCACAAGAGAUGAGAUGUCACGCACAACAAAUACUCUGAUGACCAAUAUUGACGUACAGCUGGCUGAAUUGAAGAAACAGCUGGAGCAACAAAAGAAUGCUGAAGAGCAAGAAAGACUGCGCAAAAUACAGGAAGAGAUGGAACGAGAGAGGAAAAGGAAAGAAGAGGAAGAGAGGAAACGAAAGGAAGAAGAAGAACAAAGACGGCUUAAAGCAGAAAUGGAAGCCAAGAGAAAGAAAGAGGAGGAAGCUCGCAAAAAGCAGGAGGAGGAAGAUCGAAAAGCAGCUGAAGCAAUGAAAGCUGAACUUUCAAAACAGGCAAAGGAACAAGCUGAAAGACAGGCUCAGCUGGAUCAAGAACACAGGGAUCGGGAGCUGGCCUUGAGACUGGCCAUGGAGGACCAGAAUCAGGUGGAAGACAUUGUUCUUCCUCCCCCAUUACCCAGAUCGGAGGCAGUUCGUGCAUUCCAGCAGAAGGCAGCUAACAAGAAGUAUGACUUGAGCAAAUGGAAGUAUGCUGAACUUCGUGAUGCCAUUAAUACAUCUUGUGAUCUGGAACUGUUGGAUGCCUGCCGUGAGGAGUUCCAUCGUCGUCUAAAAGUAUACCACGCAUGGAAGUCCAAGAACAAAAAACGUACUGAUAAGGGCGAGCAUCGAGCACCAAAAGCUGUAGAGGAUGCUGCUGAAAAAGCAUUCGCUGCUCAUCCUGAGCAAAAAGUGCCCACUCAGGAUAAAAAUGCUGUACAGCGCUAUUUCAAAAUUCCCUUUGCGCGGCCAUCUGAUGAGUUCCGUGACAACAACAAGCAUGGAAUGUGGUAUGCACACUUUGAUGGAACCUGGAUUGCUCGCCAGAUGGAGCUUUACCCUGAUAAACCACCCAUCUUGUUUGUUGCAGGAGCAGAUGACAUCAAUAUGUGUGAACUAAGUUUGGAGGAGACGGGUCUAACUCGUAAAAAGGGGGCAGAGAUCCUUGAGAAUGAAUUUGAAGAAGACUGGCAGAAGCAUCAGGGUGACGCAUAUCUCAAAAAGAAUGCCAACAAGAUAUCAUCUAAGUUCCUGCAAGCCAAGCUGGGUAUAGCAAAAUGAGGUUUUAAAGCACAACCAGUGGGGAAGCAGAGCAGUUCAUGAUUUUCUUCUACCACAGAAUGGAUGUUGUUGCAGCAGGGCAGAGAGUGGUUUAUUUCUUUAGUGUCAGGGUGCAUUCACGUUUUGUUUUUUUAGUAAACUGUGUUCAUUAAUGUGAUUUUGUCCAAGCAAAUGAAACGCAUUCAUUUUUUGGUGAGAAACUGUUAUGGAAGAAACACUCGUUAUCUAUUUUGAAGUGGAAUGUGAAUCCCAUCCAUUGUGCCCAGUAAGCAUUAUGUGAUGUUCAAGUCCAAACCUAGACUGAAAUGGUGAACCUUUAGAUAUCUUUGUCUGGUUUGACUUAUAUUUAUGCCAUUUUGAAUUUAGCAUUUGAUAAUGUCUAUUUCUACAUUUUUCAUAUCAACUAAAAUUACAUUUUUAAUUUUGAAAUUAUUAUUGAAAAUAUUUUUGUUAAAUUUUCAACAAAUCUAUCAGAUUGUUAUCAAAUUGUAUAGUUAAAACAAUGUGAUUUGAAGAAAGCGAUUAUGUCUAUAUUUCCUGCCUUGUCUGCAGCACUGUUUGCUUGAUGAUAUUGUGCGAAGACAGUUCAUUUUUGAAGAGCAUUUAUUGUAUUAUUUAUUGCUGGGUGUGAUGAGGUCACAACAUGUUUUGUCGAUAGCAGAGCUGAAUAGCUAGUGCACUUCUUUGUUGUAAUUUGUGAUGUUGUUUUUUUCAAAAUUAGUAAGAUGCCAUAAAAGUGAUUGACUUGUAAAACACUUGUGUUCUGUUUUAUUCCAAAGUUGAUCCAAUCUUGCCAUGUUCCUCAGUGGUGGUGGAUGUUGGUUUAACAUUGCUUGAGCACAAGUCAGAAACUGGUUUUUUCCCUGUUCAAUUCAAAAUGCAAUUUAAAAAAUGGAAAAAUUAGUUUUGGCCAAUAGAGCACAAUACAGACAGGAGGGCUCAGGAGGCAGGUUGCCAUGAUGUAUGAUUGUGGUUUUAUUUUAGCGCUUUAGAGUUUUGUUUUUACUAUAGUAAUCAUUUACUUGAUGUUUUGAAAAUUAGAUAACUAAUUACUUUUAUUUAACAAAAAUAUCUAGAUGAUUAACUGUGUCACAGUGUGGUUGUGCUUAGCUUUUCUUGUCCAAUUGUUUUUUCCCUAAAAAAAUGGUGAAGGGGACACGUAAUGAGUCUGUAGCAAGUUAAGUAGUACAGAUUAGUCUGAAAGGGAAUUUUGUACAUUUUCAUACCAUAUCAAAUUGUGACAUUGUCUUUUUGCCGGACUGAAAAUGAUUUUGUGCAAAUGCAUUGAAAACUAGUAUAAUGGCUUUUAGGGUGAUGUUGACUGUAUAUGUAGUAUGUGAUGGUAGCAGUUUGUUUAGGUGUCACCGGUCUGGGAGGAAAUUGAUAGAGGACUUCUUAAAAACACAUUUCCAUUCUCAGUUAAUUUCAAGCCUUUUGAAAGUUGUGACAGUGGUUCAGACCUGCAUGUUAAAAUUUAUACAUUUCUGAUUCAGGGCAAAAGCUUUAUCAUAUAACCACCAAACUAUUAAUAUAAAAGCUUAUGACAACACUAACCUCUUACCUAUCGGCAACUGUGAGCUCAGUUUUGAUUUUUACUGGGGGUAGCCUUGAAGACAAUCCAACCAGAAAGACCAUAGACAAUUUGAAAAUUGUUCAAAUUUUCAAUCUUGAAAUCUGACAACCAGAAGUGCUUUAAAGUAAGGAUGCGCAGUUUACUGUGUACAUCAAGGUAUUGACUGUCUCUUUUUUUAAAAUUACUUACUGAGAAACUAUUGAUGCAAGUUAUUUUGACCUUACCUUUUAUUAGAGACUAGUAUGUUUACAUCAUAUGCUCAAGAUACUUUUUAAUCAUUGAUAACUGUAUUUUGCCCAGUAUCUGUAUUUGUGAAAUAAAUGCUGGAAAAUAUUUACAUUUCUUUAAACGUUAGUUAUAGUUUCUUUGUGUAUAACCUCAUGAUCAAACACAAGAUGAAUGUUACUAACCGUAAAUAGAAGACCAUUUAUAGAUGGUGUAAGUUUACUUAACAUUGUAACUAUAACAAGUUUAUUAACAGAAAUUGGAACUAUCUUAUGCAGCAAGUAUUUAAAUUUCAUGUGAUGACUAAUUAUUGGAAACAUGAAACUUUCCUGUCACUAAGGCAAAACUAAAUUCAGAGUGCAACAGAAUCAUUUUGGAUUUAUGCUGUUUAUUGGUAUUGCUUACUCACAUGCCAUGUCCAUGAUGUUGGACUGCUUUAUUUGUGACCAAAUCUGUAUGCAAAAUGCCGAAAGCUGCCUUGAUUAAGGACACACCUUUCACUUGCUCAGAUCUUAGUUCAUAAUCUGUGAGUGAAAAUUGCAUCCAAACAAUCUUUAAGUCAUGUGUAACUGCGGUGUAGGCUGGAGCAAAGAACAGAGGAGUAUAUGUGAAUGUGAAAUGUCGGUCUGCAUGCCAUGGCAUCAAUCCAUCUUUAAGUAUAAUACCACUAACAGAAUAACAAUUUUAAGGAUAUCUGUAACAUUGUUUGCAUGUGGAAUGAAAUGUAUUUUAUCAACAAAGGAUCUUGCCAACUGUGGAUGCUAUUUAGAGAAUAGCCGGUGUUGUAAGUCGUAGCCCUAAAGCUGGUCAGAUGAAAAACUAAUAAAUUUUAGCUCAGUGAUGUAAUACAUUUUCUAGCAUCACUUUCUGUACAAGUCACUUGCGGAAGUUUAACUUGUUGGAAUGCUUCAAAACACUUGUUUAAUAAGAAACAAUAUUUUGCACCCAAUUAUAGGGAUAACCCUUCAAAUUAUGCUUCACAUUGUCUAAGAGUGGGAGAAAUUAAUUCUGGAGGACAUCCAGCUAUCUUGUGCUGUGUACUUUUUUUUUCAUUUCAAAAGAUUUGUUUUGCUCACAACUGAAUAGAGCAACAUUUACACACAAAAAAAUUACAAGCAGUGUUCUCACAUUUUUUUUGCAACAAUUGUAUGUAAAAUAUUGUUUAAAACCAUUAUUUCUAUGGGAGAUUCUUUAGUUUACUGUGUGGUUAUGCCAUUUCAGAUUUAAUCAACUUUUACUAGUAGGAGUUUGUCUGCUUAGGAUUUACCAGUGAUUGCUUAGAAAAUUUUAAUGUUGAAGAUGAACAUUCAAUACUUUGAAAAAUUAACUUGUGAAAAUAAGUUUGCUACAUAUUUAAAGACAGAAAAUAGAUUUGCUUGUGUGCAUGCUUCUUCUUUAGAAUGCUUCUUUGCUUUUCAUUGGCAUUGAUCACAGAAAGCAUUUCUGAGGAAAGUUAAAAUUGUGUGUUGGUAUUUGGACACCAUGGUACAAACCAUUUUGGUGUAGAAAGCUUUCAUAUUGCAAAAAUUUUGUUGGGUGUAGUUUUUGUAGUGAGGGCAGUUUUCCAUGACAUGCAUCUCAACAGCCUUUUAAGUAUUGCAGUAAAUUUGUUGAAAAUCACAGUUGUGAAAUAAAGCUACAUAGGAAAAAG